UCCAAUGAUUAUUGCACACUCAUUCCACACUCGGUGACCGCAGCAUGAAGUUUAAUCGCAAGUGGCUGAUAUUUCACGUUAAUAUUUUGACUAUUGUACAUGUCUGCAGUGCAGAAAUAAAAUUAAUUCAAGCAGUGUUUCGUCAUGCAGAUCGAAACCCUCAGAGUGGAAAGCUUGUGGAUAUGUACUAUCCCUCUGAUCCUGAUAAAUAUGAGGAUUGGGAGCCGGAUGGACGAUUGGAACUGAACAACAUGGGAAAAUUGACUGCAUAUAAUCUCGGAAAAUUCUUCAGGAAGGAUUACAAUGAUUUUUUUGGACCAAAAUAUAAGAAUGAUAUCGUAUACUUUCAAUCGGCGGACAUGAUGAGAUCAAUUAAUACAGCGCAAUUGUUAGCUGCAGGACUAUUCCCACCGGAGCCCUCACAAAUAUGGAAUCCGGAUCUCCUCUGGACCCCAGUCCCAAUUCGCGUGACUCAUCUCCUGGAGGACUAUCUGUUCUACUCUGCGUUAAUGUGCGAGAAUUACAAGAUCGACAAAUUGGAAUCGGAAGCCGAGGUGCAGAGACUGCUGUCAGUCUUAUCAGACAUGCGGGGAUUCCGAAAUUAUCUGAAUCUUCACACCGGCGUUAAUCACACGAGAAGCUUUCAAGGUUGGAUGCUAUACCAUCAGUUCGCUGCCAAGACAAGUGUUGGACGUGAGUUGGAGUCUUGGGCCAGAGAAAUAUUCCCAGAGGGUAAACUGAAGGAUAUCAGCGCUGUGGAGUACAUUCUCCAGACUUACACAAUGAGGAUGAAACGACUGAUGGGGGGCGUGUGGCUCAAAAAAUUCUUCAAUGCCUCCGAAAAAAUAGUGAACAAUGAAAAAACCCAAAAAGGAUUUUUUUACGCUGGAAAUGAAGUCCACGUGGCAGGAAUAUUAAAUACUCUCGGGGUCUACGAGCCUCAUGUUCCCGGCUAUGCCAGCGCUGUGAUAUUCGAACUGCAUGAGGUUGAAGGAGAAUUUUAUGUGAAGAUAAUCUACAAAGAUGGAGAAACUCCAGUCGAUCUGCAAAUCCCGGGCUGUGGAGUCUUCUGUCUCCUCUCAACGUUCAAAUAUCUUUUGAAGAAUGUUACUCUGGAGAAUUUCGAAGAGGACUGCGGAAAAAUAACAGACUUUUGGAUGACUUCUCUCUAAAUACAGUGAGAAAAAUAUUACUAUUAGGUUGAGACAAUAAUUUACAGGAAGAUCUUGUGUGGAAAUUUCGGGGAUUCGCUUGCCUCAAUUUACAUUUCUCAGUUCGAAUAUCGGAACUCGGAAUGAUUGGAUUAUUUAUUCUGUUUCUAGAUUCUUGUCAUAUCUCGAGUUAUAAUAAAUGACACUUGAAAAAUAUUAAUUUAAUAGGCAAAUUUGUCUUUCAAUUUUAUCAACAUAAACUCCAAUCGAGUGGAAAUAAUUCCUGGAUGUGGAUAUAUCUUCUGUCCACUAACAAAAUUUAGCAGGAUUUUAGAAACUCUAGACUCCGAAAUUUUAAUGGAAUCUGUAGAUCAAACAUCGGCCAAAUGAUAAAUUAUAAAUAAAGUUAAAUUACUCAUAAAUUUCAA